AUGGAGAACAAAGCUACAACUUUCAAAACGACCGGACGGGUCGUUACACCUCUUAUCUACUUGCAACUUGGGCAAGUUUCUACUGUAGUCAUAUCAUCACCUAGUAUCGCGAAACAAGUUCUAAAUACUCACGAUCCCGCCUUUGCUAAUAGGGCACAACUUACAUCCUCAAACAUUAUGUUUUACAACAAUAAUGACAUUGCAUUUAGCCAAUAUGGUAACUACCGGAGACAAAUGCGUAAAAUUUGCAUUGUAGAAAUUCUUAGUAUGAAGAUGGUCAAAUCAUUUAGAGAAAUUCGACAAGAUGAACUUUCAAGCCUGAUUUCAUUAAUUCGGUCAAUGAAGGGAUCUCCAGUCAACAUGACAGAUAAAAUAUUUUGGUUUACCAACUCUAUCACUUGUAAAGCAGCCUUCGGAAAUAUGUUCAAAGAUCGAGACGAGUUUAUGAAAUUGAUGAAGGAAGAUUCUGAUCUCGUAUUUGCGAGAUCAGCCAUUGCAUUUGCGACCUCUGAGGGGUUAGCAUUUGCGAUCUAUUCUUUGCAUUUGCGAAGAGUACCUGGGCCUGCCUUAGUUCCCAUUUACGAUAAAGAAUUUGCAUUUUCGGAGAGCCAGUGUUCGCAAUUGCGGACAACGCUUCGCAUUUGCAAAGUGGGGGCUGGGCAAGCAGUGAUCGCAAAUGCGAUCAAUGGGUCGCAUUUGCGGAAGGAUCAGAGUUCAUAUUUGCAAACUAUUCGUCGCAAAUGCGGUGAAAGCAGGUUUGUUAGGCCGAUUUUGGAACCGGCCCUAGCUGUCCGUGAGUUUAAGCAGCUUGCAUCUUCUUAUUCGGAGACUCGAGGUAGAUAUGCUGGCGUCCACAGACUUUGA